UACCGGAAGUUAGCGAGCCAUUGUUGACCUGCUAGUGUCGUUGAUUGCAUGUGUGUGUUUUUUUUUUUUAAAUAAUCUACAUAUUUAUAGGGCGAACUACAUUAAAUACAGUUAGACUGUCUUUGUUUUUAAGAUCAAUUAGAUGGCUUUAAUAGGCGAGCAGAUUAUCUUAGCCGGCUGACAACAUAGCUACAUAGUGGUUAGCAUCACACGGCUAACAGGAAGCCCUCGCAUAUUUUUUUUUAGUUUUGGUAAAAAUGUGCAAGUUCCAUAAGAUUCGAGCGUUGGUGAGACAGCGACUAAAUGUUGCCAUUGAAGAAAUAUUUGUGGUGUUUGAAAGAGCCGUGGCAGAAUACGAGGAGGAACUGUGUCGGAGCAAAGAGGAGAACGAGCGACAACGCCAACUGUUGAAGAAUGUUUACAAAAGUCAAGGUAACGAGUGGAGGACAGAAGAGCUUCUUAAAGAAGACGUUACAGACAUCCAGCAGGUUUCACCAAAGAGUCAAGAAGGAAGUCCCCGCGAGCAGCAAAAGUGUGCGGCGCAGGAGGAGCCGCAGCCCCCCCGCAUCAAAGAAGAAGAGGAGGAGCUUGAAGGACUGAAGGAGGCUGACAUCAGCACGUUCACGGUAAAGAAUGAAGAUGACGAAGACAGUGAGGCUCAGUCCUCUCAGCUUCAUCACAGUCCCAGUGAGGACAGCAAAGGGGCGGAGCCUCUAACUCACGGCACAAGAGAAACCGCUGGAGCAUCGCAACCCGGACCCGGUCCCGACGCUGAAGAACUUUUGGACGGGACCGAGGACUGUGAAGGCCACGCCAGAUGUCCCACUGACGACACACACUUGAAGUGUUCGGACCCGCACUUGAGGACCCGCACCGGAGAGAAACCCUUCCCCUGCUCGCUGUGCCCCAAAAGAUUCACUCGCAAGUCAGACAUGAAGUUGCACCUGGACACGCACGCCGCCCACGACCCUUUCCGGUGCUCCGUCUGCGCCAAGAGCUUCCCGGUCAAGAAGUACUUGAUGAUACACGCCAGAAGACACGUGGCCCACAAACCUUCCGCUUCCUCCGCCUGUGCCAAAAUAUUUGCCACCAAAGCAGAGAUGGAAUCAUACAUGACGACGGACGCUGGCGAAGGGCUUCGGGAGGUGUCAGAUGUGGACGACAGGAAGUCAGACGUGGACGACAGGAAGUCCCACUCUUCUGAAAACGCUUACAGCCACAAAACUAUAGAACCUCUAAAGGACCCGAAAAGUGAUAUGGGCAGCAAGCGCUUCACGUGCUCGCAGUGCGGGAAGACGUUUGUCCGCAAAGGGGGUCUCACUCGACACCUGCGGACGCACACGGGAGAGAAACCGUUCAGCUGUUCAGUUUGCGCGAAACGGUUCCCCACCAGGUCCAACAUGAAGGUUCACAUGGCGCUACACACCAACGAGAAGCCCUUCAAAUGUUUAAUCUGCGCCAAAAAAUUCCCUUUAAGGAUUUAUUUGGUCAAGCACAUGAUCAGACACUCCACGGAGAAACCUUUUCACUGCCCGUUCUGCGAUAAAAGAUUCGCUACAAAGGCGGAGGUGGAGCGGCACGUGGCCAUCCACACCGGGGACAGGCCCUUCACAUGCUCCGUGUGCUCCAAAGGCUUCUUGAACAAGGGGGACAUGGUCGUCCACAUGAGGAGGCACACCGGGGAAAAACCUUUCAGCUGCACCGCGUGCGACAGAAAGUUCAUCAGUAAGGGUCUGCUGAAAAGACACAAGUGCAGCGGGGACGUCCAGGAGGUGUUGGUGGGAAGUGAGGAGCCCCCUGGUUUUAAAGAGGAGGGCGUGUGGGAGGAGCCUGAAGGGCUGGAGGAUUCUAACCCCAGCAAGUUCACAUUGAAGCGUGAAGAUGAUGAAGACAAAGCGGAGUCCUCACAGCUUCAUCACAGUGGAAAUGAGGACAACAAGGGGGCGGAGCCUCCAUCUCGACGCUCGACAACAGACGCCAGCGAAGCAUCACAAGCGGACACAAACUUUGCUCCCCUGUCGGACACGGACGAGAAGAUGUCGCACUCUUCGGAGAACGAGCACAGCGACAACGCCACGGGAUCUUUGGGCGGCAAGAAGGCGUGUCUUGGCGACACGGGACAUCACGCCGACAGCAACCGAGUGGCGUGUUCCGAUUGCGGCAAGUCUUUCGUCUACAAGGGAGAUCUGAAACGACACAUGCGAACGCACACCGGAGAGAAACCCUUCGCUUGCACCGUAUGCGCCAAAAGGUUUGCUCGCAACUCCGACAUGAAGAUACACGCGGUCACGCACAUGGACGAGAAACCCUUCAACUGUUCGACUUGUUCCAAGAGCUUCCCGUCCGAGAAAUCCCUGCUGACGCACGCGAGACGACACACGGCGAGGAAACAUUUCGCCUGCUCGUUUUGCACGAAACGAUUCAUCACCAAAACGGAACUGGAGACCCACGUGAGAACGCACACCGGGGAAAAACCCUUUUCUUGUCCGGUGUGCGCCAAGAGGUUCUCGCUAAAGGGGGACAUGGUGAGGCACAUGAGGACGCACACGGGCGAGAAACGCUUUCCCUGCUCGGUUUGUGUGAAAAGCUUCUCUCGCAAGGAGGACAUGAGGAUCCACAUGAGGACGCACACCGGAGAGAAACCCUUCAGUUGCAACCUGUGCCAGAAAAGCUUUGCUUACAGGAAGCAGAUGAGGAAACAUAAAUGUGUUGUUACUGACAGCACAGAAGGAAUCGCUGACUCUUACGCCUGUUCACAAGACUUGGAACACUGAUAAGGUCUUCUUUUUCGCAUAAUGUACACUCAAAACGCUCAAGUUAGUUUUGUUUUAAAGGAAACAAAGCAAAGGAAUGGUCUUUCUUGCCAGUAAUGAACUGUAUAAUACUUUAAUGCCAAGGGAUAGACAAUAUGAUCACUCCUAACUCAAUGCAGCUCGUUUGUGUAAAAGAAUGUUUAGCACCUGAGGGAAAAGUGUCGUUAUUUUCAGCGUGCACACAAUUCAUGAUUAAACUUGUCGGCUUGAA